AUGUCGACUAAACUGCAGGUCUCGAAGUCUGGGAAGAAGAACUCUGCCAAAGGUGUCUCGGCACGAUCUCCCAGCAAGGUCAAGCAGACUACGAAGAAGAAGGGAACAGUGGUUCCGCCGAAAUCCAGGUCAUCUAGCGGAGAGGGCCCACCUGGGGGCGAUAUUCACAAGUCCAACCGCCCUCGAAAGGCGAGAGUGUGGUACGCUGAAGGUGCGGAUGCUACCGAAGAAGACGCUGAACCUGUUACAGCUGCGUGGAACAAACGACAGGGCGACGAUUUGGACGAGGCAGAGGCCAACGGCAAGUCGGGACACGAGGCCGAGGCUGAGGACGAGGCUGAGGCCGAGGCUGAGGAUGAGGCUGAGGACGAGGCAGAGCACGAGGCUCCGCACGAGGCGGAAGAAGAGGCCGACGAAGAUGCGGAGGAAGAUGAGGAGGAAAAGGCGGAGGAAGAGGCGGAGGACGAGGCCGAGGAAGAGGCGGAGGAAGAGGAAGAUGGCGAGGCGGAGGACGAAGAGGGUGGGGAGUCCGGCAAUGAGUCGGAAGAUGAGUCCAGGGACGAGCCGUCGGACGAGGAAGGUGGAGAGUCGGACGAUGAGCAGGGGGAUGAGGAGGCAGUGGAGAGGAAUGAGGAAAACGGUAUGGCGGAAGUGCCUGCCUGUGCGGAUGCUCAUAAGCCUGACGUCACGGAAAAAACAAGCUUUGACGAGAUGCUGGAAGAGCAGGAUGACAAUGAAGGUGAUGCCGUGGAGGAUGAGGCUAUGGCAGAGGAACGAGCUUUGCUGCUUGGGAAGCUGAAGGCACUUGAUGCGAUCCAGGAACCCGUUGUCAGCUCGAAGCUCGCUGGAAAGGGUGUGAAAGCACAGUCGCGUUCAGGACCCUCUAAGGUUCCGGCUAAGCCACCUCCAGGGAGACAUGCUGUCGCCAUGGCUAAGGGUAAGGAGAAAGUGGUGGAGAAAGUGGUGGAGAAAGUGGUGGAGAAAGGGAUGGCGAAAGAGAGUAGCCCUGGUGGAAAGACGAAACGGGAGGAGUCCGCCUUGGUGGUUGGAGGUGCAUCAAAAAAGCGGAACACCAGUGAAGUGGCGGGCAAAACGAAGGUAAUUCCAAAGGCAGCAGGCGCUGGGGCAAGAGGGGUAAAGGCUAAAGCGGGCGGUGGGGCUAAAGCGACCACUAAGAAGGGCAACACCAAAACCGAUGGUGAGAACGUUGCCUCGUUAAGUCCCAUCCCUACCGUCAGCUCUCGUCCAAUCCAUGCCGUAAACCAAUCAGCCCAUCCCUUCUGUCUAGCUUCCUCCCAUCCCUCCCGUCACCCAUCUCCCAUCCCUCCCGUCACCCAACUCCCAUCCCUUCUGUCACGUUCCUCCUAUCCUUUCUGUCUAGGGAGGUCUAAGGGGGUGAGGCAAUACCUAAACCCUGACUCCCUUCUGCCUGCCUGCCCCUCUCCCCUCAACCCUAAACCCCACUUGCUUCCCUGUCCAGGUCUAAGGGGGUCUAAGGGGGUGAGGCAAUACCUAAACCCUGACUCCCUUCUGCCUGCCUGCCCCUCUCCUCUCAACCCUAAACCCCACUUGCUUCCCCAUCCAGGUCUCAGGGGGUCUAAGGGGGUGAGGCAAUACCUAAACCCUGACUCCCUUCUGCCUGCCUGCCCCUCUCCCCUCAACCCUAAACCCCACUUGCUUCCCCAUCCAGGUCUCAGGGGGUCUAAGGGGGUGAGGCAAUACGUAAACCGUGACUCCCCUCUGCCUGCCUGCCCCUCUCCCUUCAACCCUAAACCCACCUGCUUCCCCAUCCAGGGGGUGAGGCAAUACCUAAACCCUGACUCCCUUCUGCCUGCCUGCCCCUCUCCCUUCAACCCUAAACCCCGCUUGCUUCCCCAUCCAGGUCUAGUGAGGUAUAGGGAGAGUCAGCAAUUUUCAUCCCUUUGUUUCCUAUCACCACAAAAUCCCAUUACAGGGGAGAGGGGACUGGCUUGGCACCGUGAGCUCCUCAUCCCGUUCGGCAGCCUCAUCUUCUCGGUGUCCAUCAAGUUGGCUUUGGCGCGCCGUGGGGUCAAUACCGAGAAGAUUAAGACCCGCCAGCUGGGCUGGAUCUUAUAUGCAUUCGAGUGGCCAAUCCUUAACAAUGCGCCCGAUGGGAAGUUGAGCGGCAAGUGGGAGUACAAUCGGAUCCAGUACGAGGAGAUGUGCACCCGUGUGAAGCAGGAGGUCGAGAUCGCUGUCAUGGACCAUGGUGUCCCAUACGCCAGCAACACGAACACAUUCAACUUCCCCAACGGCGUCUACAUCGACGCGUCUGACAUGGAGACCCUUGUCAGCAGGGUGCAGCUUUGUUGCAUCACUCACCAUCUCUUCCGUCCCCUUCCCCUUCCUCCCAUCUCUUCCGUCCCCUUCCUCCCGUCUCUACUGUCCCCUUCCUUCCGUCCCCCAUCCCUCUUUGCGCAGGCAGCACGACCUGCACCAGCCCGGGUUGUCACCCCCAACCCGUGA